CCAUCUCCGGGAUUCAUUCCCAAGCCCUUUUGUUUUUCUCCUCUUUUGGAGAUCUCUUGUCCGUUUCUUAGUUCCCUCUCGAAUGUCAAUUCCCGAUACUUUGUCCUAUGUCGCACUUCUCCUGUUCCUCCUCCUGCUUUCGGGCUUCGUAUCUUCCGCGGGGCCUGGGCGGUCCCUUCUCCGAUCCCUCGGAGAUGGCCCUGAUCUCCCCGACGCCGCCGUGGACCUCAACAGCUCCAAUUUCGAUCGCGUCCUGAAGGAGUCUCAGGCGGCCUUUGCCGUCGUCGAGUUCUUUGCUCACUGGUGUCCUGCUUGUAGAAAUUAUAAGCCACACUACGAGAAGGUUGCAAGGCUUUUCAGUGGGCCAGAUGCACCACAUCCUGGGAUUGUUAUCAUGACAAGGGUUGACUGUGCAAUGAAGAUGAAUAAGAAUCUUUGUGAUAGAUUUUCAGUCAGCCAUUAUCCCAUGCUAUUAUGGGGUCGACCACCUAAAUUUGCAUCUGGUCAAUGGGAUCCUAAGCAAGAGAAAAGUGAGAUACAAUUAAUUGAUGAUGAAAGGACAGCAGAUCGUUUGCUCAAUUGGAUAAAUAAACGAAUUGGCAGCUCAUUCAAUUUAGAUGAUGAAAAAUAUGAGAAUGAAAAUACACUUCCAAGGAACGCCUCUAAUGUUGAACAGAUUGCUCGGGCUAUUUAUGAUGUCGAGAAAGCAACAGCUGGUGCAUUUGGCAUAAUAUCGGAACACAAGAUGAUCAAGUCAGAGACUCGAGCCCCACUUAUAAAGUUCUUGCAGCUUUUAGUCACCCAUCAUCCUUCUAAAAGGUGUCAAAGGGGAAGCGCUGAGAUACUUGUAAACUUUGAUGAUCUUUGGCCUUCAGAUCUUUUUCCAGUCAGUUCUCAAGAGAUCACCACAUUGCAGGAAAGGAACACGCUAAAGAGUUACUUGAUCUGUGGCAAGGAAGCCCCUCGCGGACAUUGGAUUUUUUGUCGUGGCAGCAAAAAUGAUACGAGAGGCUUUAGCUGUGGCCUCUGGGUUCUAUUACAUUCUCUAUCUGUUAGAGUCAUUGAUGGAGAAAGCCAAUUGACUUUCACAGCCAUGUGUGAUUUCAUCCAUAAUUUCUUCAUCUGUGAGGAAUGUCGCAGGCAUUUUUAUGAGAUGUGCUCAAGUGUUUCAGUCCCAUUUAAGACAACUCGCAACCUAAGCCUUUGGCUAUGGAACACUCAUAACAAAGUCAACGAGAGGCUAAUGAAAGAAGAAAAAGAAUUAGGAACUGGUGACCCAAUGUUCCCCAAGAUUAUAUGGCCCCCAAAACAACUCUGCCCAUCAUGCUAUCCUUCUUCUAGCAGGAAAAUAACUGGCACAAGUCAAGUAGAUUGGAAUGAGGAUGAGGUGUUCAAGUUUUUGGUUCAAUAUUAUGGCAAAACUCUCAUGUCUUCGUACAAGGAUGCAAGCCUUGGCAGCAACAGGAUUGAUGAAUCAGUGGCAGAUGAUAUCACCACCUCAACAAAUGCAGUUGCUGUACCGCUUGGAGCUGCCCUGGCCAUUGCUUUUGCCAGCUGUGCGUUUGGGGUGCUAGCUUGCUUUUGGCGGACACAACAGAAGAAUCGGAAGUACUUACACCAACUACAUUCUUUAAAGAACAUAUGAUUGAUAGGAGGGUAAUCAUCAGUAUAAUUGGCUUUGUUAGCAAGGCAUCAGCUAAUAGGAAUGUAAGUAGUGCUUGUGGAGGAGUUGACUCAUUCUUCUCUUUUCUUUCAAUUCCAUAUUUCAGGCAAAGAAAGAAUCGGGGCUGAAAUGAUUCCAGUGUUACUCAGGCACAAAUGCUGUUAACUGAGCUGCAUGGCAUCAUGGAUGUCUCUCGGGACCAUUUCCCUUGUGAUCUCUUUUAAUAUUUCUCAAAUUAUUCCUGAAGGCCAUGAAAUAUAUGUUAUCUCAUUGUUGCAAUUUUGGAGAGGAAUACAAAGCACAUAUACAUUGAAAAAAAGGAAAAGGUUGUGCAGUUUAGCAAUUUAGAAACUUUAUGCUCUUUUACACCAAAUACUUGUGUCCAUGUCAAGAUAUUUUGAUGGCUAUCUGGUUGUGAACAGGUUAGAAACUCUGACCACCAUGCCCAUUUGAGCAUGGGAUCUGAACAGCUCAUGUUUCUGUUCGGUCCAUUGUUGGGUUUUGUUGGUAAUCUCUACAUUGGAUGAUU